GAUGGAUAUAGCCUCUUGAAACAAUACUUUUUAAUCCAUGUAUACGACGCUAUCAACCAUUUAAUACUCAACACGGUAGACAUAGAACAUUUGUUCUUUUUGCCGGUUGCGGGGUCUUACAGCGGACAUGCUGCCCCCGGAUCUCGCGGUAUUUGAUACCGGCAUUUGGAUUUCACUUGAAUCGACGGCAUGAUCAUGACUUCAAUCAAGUAUAAAACUAUGAUCGGCCACGGCCAAGGGAGUGAGGAACAGACACCACAAACUAAGCAGAAUCGGAGAAUUCAUUGACUAUGCUCGACCUCCUCUCACCUCGCAAGCUGCUCACACAGCUCAGCCUGGGCGCCAGCCUGGUUGCGGCUCAGCUCCAGACCAUCACCAACUUUGGGCAGACCUACGGCACGCAGCUAACCAUGCAGGCCUACAUCCCAGGAAACCUCCCUGCUAGCCCAGCAGUCAUGCUCGCCCUGCACGCCUGCGGUGGAAACGGACCCGGCUAUUUCCAGCAGACCAAGUACAAGUCUCUCGCCGACUCCCGCGGCGUCAUCCUCAUCUUUCCGUCCUCCCAGAAGGACUUCAACUGCUGGGAUGUCGCCAGCGCCAAGACGCUCAAGCACGACGGCCAGGGUGACAGCCAGGUCCUCGUCAGCAUGGUCGACUAUGUCAUCAAGACGUACAAGGCCGACCCCAAGAAGGUCUUUGUCACCGGCACCAGCUCCGGAUGCAUGAUGACCAAUGUGCUCGCUGCGACGUACCCGGACCGCUUCGCCGCUGCUACGUGCUAUUCUGGCGUCGCUGCUGGAUGCAUGGCCGGGUCUCCUGGAUCGAGCCCUAUCAGCUCCGAUCGUGUGUGCUCUGAUGGGAAGAUCAUCAAGACUGGACAGCAGUGGGCUGAUCAGGUUAAGGCUAUGUAUCCAGGCUACAGCGGCUCUUAUCCCCGAUUCAAGACUUGGCACGGCACCGCGGAUAACUUGGUCUUUUACCGGAACCUUCUUGAGCAGAUUAAGGAGUGGUCGACCAUCCAGGGCGUUUCCUUCACUCGCAACGAGACAUCGACCCCGCAGUCCGGCUACACUACUAUGAUUUACGGAGACGGAACCAAAUUUGUCGCCGUCUCUGCAGCCGGAGUCGGACAUGUCGUACCUACUAACGAGAAUCUUGACUUUAAGUGGUUCGGUCUCACCUGAGAGUCGUAGCUGUUGUGGGUAAACUGGCGAAGAGGGAUAGUAUGAGACUUGAGACAAGUUAGUGAGGAGGUAUUAGGGUCUAAGUGGGGAAGGGAAAGAGAGAAGGAAAUAUGAGCAACAAGAGAGACACAGGAAAGGGACAAAUUGUAUAUAUAGCGAUCUUCUACUGUAGUCUUAGUAGAACAUGACACCUUCAUUUAUUC